AUGGCCUCAGGCGUCGGCAUCUUCUUUGGGAUCCUCAUCCUUCUCAUCGUCAUCGGCGGCGUCUCCUGGGUCGCCUACACACGCAUCCGCGCGAAACGCCUCGGCCUGCCGCCGCCGCCGCUCAACCCGUUCGCGCGCGGGUCGCGCUCGUCCAUCGGCGGCGCCGGCGCCCUCCCCGCGCCCGCGCCCAGCGGCUUCGUCGGCUGGGUCAACGACAAGAUCAGCGCGCUGAAGAACAAAGGCGGCGGCCGCAACAACUCCCGCUAUGCCGCGGGCGCCUACGAGGAGCCCGGCGCCGCCAGGGCCGGCGGCCGCGGCCGCGGCACCCUCGAUCCGGACGAGGCCUGGGACGCGCGCGUCGGCACCGAGGCCGACUACGGCUACGGCUACGACGAGGAGCAGGAGCUCGGCGGCCUGCACCACCAAGACCACCACUCCGGGACGACGCCGUACGGCGGCAGCGGUUAUGCCGGCUCCGGCAUGUACGCCGCGCCACACAGCGCCGGUUUGAGCGCCGGCUCCGAGCGUGGCCGCAGCAGGACGCGCGAGCUGGACGAGCGCUACGACGAGGAGAUGGGCCACAGCCGUGGCCAUGGCGGCGGCGAGAACCCAUUUGGCGACAGCGCGGAACGCAGCAACCUGCGCGGCGUCAGCCCUAGACCGGUGGGCUCAGGUGCGCGAGGCGGUGCAGCUGGUGACAGCCCGACAGAGUCGAGGAGGAGCAUGUUCAGAGAAGAGGUUUAA